GAAAAUUCACAAAAGAUGUGUGAUUUCGAGUGUCGAGGUGCCGUUAGCAAAAGGGAUUUUCGAAAUUGGGAUAGCUGAGGAAUUACUUUCGUGUUGUAGAGGCCAGGUCGUGAACAUAAUUGAAAAGGUCGUUCCUUUUGAUUUCAUCUUAUUGCCCUACCGGAAGUUUUUUAGUACACGUCAGGCUUCCGAAAAUGGAUGUUCGUCGGCCGUGAUUUUGAAACGCGUUAGACGCCAAUUGAAUGUUUUCAUCUGAAUGAAACGAUUGUGGUGUCAUGACAAUUAAUUUAAAAUGAAGUUGUGUCUUUCCUAUGUGUAUUGGACGCUGCUUCUCAUCUCCGUAGUAUCUAGUGGGCUGCUGUUCUUAAUAGUCGCUUCCGAAGGACUGAAGGUGUCUGAGGAUGCCACUAGCAGUCGUAAAAAAGCUCACUUAGAAAUUUCAUCCAAUAUUACCAUCGACAAAAGCAGCGAAGGGCUUCCUGAUCCGUCAAUCGAAUUUCAGAAUCAAAUUGAACAUCCAGAUUUGAUCGAAAAGAACACAGAUCCUGUCCAAAAUGAAGAGGAAGGAACCAUCUCCACGGAGUCAAACACUUCUGAGAGGAUAUCCGAAGAGGAAACAGAGGGGGAACUACCUGGCCUGGAGUUGUUGAGCGAGGGGUUGACGCAGCAGCCAAAUCUCUCGCAAGGAGUGCCGGAGACCGAUCAAGCGGUGGUUCUGACGCUUGUCGACGCCGCGGCGGCGGAGUUGCACAAUUUGGCCGAACCGAGGAUAUCGCUCGACAAUAACAAGGGUAGCAAAUCGGUCGUUGGCAACCUGACCUUGACCCUGAGCGGUUCGACGCGGUUAGUCGAUCCAACGCAGAUGCCAUCGCCGUCGAGACUUCCGGUACUGGCGCACCUGGAACCGGACGAGCGCGUAGAAAUUUCUGACAAUCAAACGACCGAGUAUGAACCGCGUGAAGAAGACGCCCUCGCCGGUACGAUUCUCCCCGAGGUCAACGACGUCGAAGUCGUGGUCGUCAGAGCCGAUCAGAGUGGCGGGAGCAUGGACGCCCCGAGUAGCGGCGUGAUCGUAGGGGAAGAAAGCGUUGACUCCGGGGAACUUUUGCUGAACACGGAAGGGGUCGAAGCAUCAUCUGCAGGCCUACCUGGAAACGAAGCUAGGGUCAGCCUCGCCGGGGGAACCGCCGAAGAUCCAGGCGUGAUACUCGAUGUUCUUGUCACCACACCGGGAACCGAUCCCCACGAAGAUAUACCGUCGUUCAGCGAAUGGGCGCAGAAGAGGCUCGAAGAAGCUGAAAAAAAGAAAACACAUCCCAACGCGUCCGCACAAAAUCCCGGCGGACCCGGUGGGCGAGGUACGGGGAGCACCAAAGUUAGAUCGAAGAAUUACGCCUCUCCGGACUGCGGGUCGAAGAUUGUGGCGGCUAAUCCCGAGGCUGGAAGUGCCAGCAGUGUUCUGAGUUCGUUGAGGGACGAGUAUAUGCUGAACACCUGCACGUCCAGAGUUUGGUUCGUCGUCGAGCUCUGCGAGGCGAUUCAGGCGGAGAAAAUUGAAUUGGCCAACUUCGAGCUGUUCAGCUCGUCGCCGAAAGACUUUUCCGUGUACGUCGGCGACCGUUUUCCGUCGAGAGAUUGGAGUGCCGUCGGUCAUUUCACCGCCAAAGACGAACGCGACAUUCAGAGUUUCGCUCUCCACCCCCGACUAUUUGGAAAGUUCGUCAAAGUUGAGCUGCACUCUCACUAUGGAUCGGAACACUUUUGCCCGGUCUCCCUCUUCCGAGUUUUUGGCACCAGCGAGUUCGAAGUACUGGAGACCGAGAACCAGAUCCAAGAGUCUCUCGAGAACGACGACGAAGACGAGGACGAGGGGGAGGAGCUGCUGUACACGGACACCGGUGAUCCUCCUCCGAAUUUGUUCGGCAGUGCGCGAGACGCGGUCCUCAGCAUAGUGAAAAAGGCUGCCGAAGUCCUCGUCAAGUCCGGCGACAGGGUCAACAAUGUCACGAAGAUCAGGGACGACGUCGAAAACACCACGUUGAGGAACCCCCUCAUGGCGGCGUGCGUAACACCGCGGUACACGAUACUGUGCGCCGACUGUAACGAAACCGUGUUCGCGGACGUAUUUCGACUGGUUAGUUGCCACGAUCAUUACCUCGACUCUUUGCUGAAGGUUAAUUUCAUCAAGGAAACGCUGUCCCGUACCAGCAUGUGUCCCUCGCUCGGCGUCGUCACAAGGGCUACGCGAGAGCUUGGAGAUGCCGAGGUCACCCGAAAUAUCCCCGGGGCUAGAUUUUUAUCCGCAACAUUUCCGACGCAGUAUAUAAUUGCUCUGUGCAAUAUUCUGGCCGCCAAAGAGAGCAGGGUUAUCGUCAACGCGAGCUACUACGUUACGGGAAAUAAUUCCGAGGAAGUGGCCAGUCUGGAAGACGCAUUGAUAACACCUCCGCAAGGAGUUCUCACAGGUCACGAAGCCUCUGUGUCCUCUAUUAAUUCCCAGGCUCCGCAUUGCCCUUCCGACAGUAAUUCCCAACUUUGCAAAUCUGGCAACGAAUACUCUACCUUAACACCGAACGAUGUUGUGCCUUCCUUUGAAAGUUUGGAAACCGUCGUCAAACCGCCGAAGACACCCACGGAUAACGACGGAUCCAAAGGCGAACAACCCUCUGCCCCCCUGAUUGCACCAAGCUGUAGAUUCACGGAGGAAUCCACCUUUUUUGAAACCUCCACUGCCGAUUCUCCAUCGCCAAAUCACGAUGCUACCAACGUUUUCGACAAGGUUGCGGAUAACCUCGGGGUCAAAGGAACUGAUUCUGAGACUGCCACUCAUACCGUGACGGUUCCUCUGCCAAUGGAUGGUAAUUUGGAUAUCGCUGAAACAACUGGAGAUUUAGACUAUGCUGGAACAACGAUGCCAGGAGGUGAAGCGGAAGUAGAAGUCGAGAAGGAUCAGGAGGGUAAAAUAUCGCCACAGGACCAGCUCAGCUUCGACACCCUGUUAUCGGAUCUCAAAGAUCUCGACGUGGAAUCUGUGACACUGCAGAGUAACCCAACUGCCUCUAGUGCGACUCUUUCCCAACCGGCGCCGUCACCGCAGCAAAAAGAAUCGGUUUUCUUAAGGCUUUCUAACAGGAUCAAGACUUUGGAGAGAAACAUGUCUCUGAGCGGUCAAUACCUCGAGGAGUUGAGUAAAAGGUAUAAAAAGCAAGUCGAGGAAAUGCAGCGGUCGUUAGAGCGGGCAAUCACUGCGAUGAACGAAGAAUCGCGUCGAGGUGAAGAAAGAGAAAUCAGAAGACUCGAAGAGAUUGUAGAUUUGAAGGAGCAGGUGUUGACUUUAUCGAGUUCUCUGCACACGCUUUCUAACGAGCGCGAAAGCUGGGGGAGCAAAUUCUCACUCAUUGGCCAACAUUUGAUCCUCGUCUGUGUUGAGAUAGUGAUUGUUCUGACGGUUGUAUCCUACUGUCGUCGAAACGUCGAUCCAGAUGACGAUGCUGCAGAAUCCACCGAAGAGACUCGGGUUAGCCGGCGAAAAAGUGUCGGAAGUUCAAAUGGCUGCGUAGUGACGAAAAAAUCGAAAGUACGGCGACCCAGUGAAAUUGCCUCCCACAUAAGGGGAACGUAUAGAGAACUUUUGAUCGACGAGUCUGCCACAACGAGUGAUGUGGUUAGGAAGGAGAGAAAGAGGAAAAGAAAAUCUGAUUCCAUCGCCAAAGUACCCAGCGUAACCAUUUCCAAAUUUCCAACGAUCAAGCCCCUCCGGAGAGAAAGCCUCCACGUCGUACCCGGUGGAACAAACUUUCCGUCGAGACGGGCCUCGUCGUCGGAUGCUCCCUCGAAGUAUUCUGACAAAGAUUUAGGGGCUCCUGAUUCACGUUAUCGGCCAGAUUCGGCGCCGGAGACUUCGUCCGGAUGGUUCAGCGAUCAACAGCAAUCCGAUCGAACUAACAAUUCAGUGAAUAAGAGUUUCCCUAUGCCUCCGUAUGUCCCAACCGACUCGGUCGGAACUUCUCAGCCGAUACGUGGAAUCGAAGAUAUCACCGAGUCUAUGUCAUCUUCCGAGGCUGUGACAGGAGUAAAAAGCAAAGCAGCUAUCGAUCGAUCGAUAUCGCCGUCUAAGGGUAGUGCCGAGAAACUCUUGAAGAAUUCAAACCUCUCGACGUAUGCUUCCAUUAAAACCGCAUUGGCUUCUCGAGCCAAGAGAUCUUCGUUGAACAAUAGCAAUGUGUCGGAGGUACCUUCGUCAAUCUCACAGUCAGAUAAUUGGGGGUGGAACUCCGAGCAUUCGACAAACAGGUCUAGUCAAGAGGAUGAAGAGUCGCCCACAGUAUCGAUGAUCAUACCGACAGACUUUCCAAAGCGGCUCAAUGGAAUAUCCCACACGAAUGGGGGAGGGGAGGAGAGCGUUGACGCCAGAAGUAGAAGCACUACACCCACUUCGGGUUCUGGUAAAGAAAAAAGAACCUACGGCCUUAAAAAAAUGGUAAAGAAACUUUUUUGAUUGAACUGAAUCGCAUCAUAAUACGUGUCCUUGGGAAAACACACUCAGUUAUGAUGCAUCAUCGAAGCCUAAGAACUCGAAUGCUGUCGUGAAUUGUGAGAAUAUGUUACGAAAAUCGAUGGCCUGGGAACGAUAAUUAAUCAAAAGGAAUUCACACUGCGUGAGUCGUUUCAUAGGUCGUCUAGUUAGGUAGGUUGUACAAUUUAUUAUUAACACUGUGCUCGAGCUAUGAGAUUCAAAUGCUUGUUAACGAGGUUGACUCGUAAGCAUUAUAACAAAUUGAAAAUCCUCGUCUUUAUUUCAAGUCUGCCAUGAUAGAAAGUUUUGCUCGGUAAGCAGUUCCUCUUCGUCUAAUCCUCUUUGCGGUCAUUGAACAUUAAAAACACACUAUUAUUUUCCAAGAUUGGUCACCUCAAAUAAUGAAGUAUUGCGUGCUGUGAUAUGGUAGGCCAUUGGAAAAGAGGCUCAAUAAUGAGGAACAAGCAUUGGGAAGAAGAUGAUAAUUGUUAGAAAUUCAGAAAAAGUGGUGAUCGGCAACUUAACUUUAAUUUUCAUCAGACAAGUCCCGUUACUUAAUCAUUGCAUUUAAAGAUCACCACGUGAUAUAACGCCUCGAUACAAAAUAUCUCCGACCAUGACUAGCGUUUAUGGAGUACGUAACGUCACACGUCUUCAUUAGUUUUAUGAGAUGGUUGCUCGUUUUAUUCAUCAGGAAUGAUGUACUGUGCGGUAGAAUUGCGCGAUUUAUGUUAGCGUAGUAUAACCGCGUAAUAUUCGUUGACUUUUGUCAUGGGUAUUUGGAAACCCAAAAAUCUUCUAAUUGAAAAAAAAAUACUUACGUUUUAGUCAGUGACGCUCGUCAGAAUACGGCUUUCAUCUGCCAUCUAGCUUCGACAGUGAUUAGCGAUAAGGCUUUGAAUUUGUCGAAAUACAAUUGAAUUUUGACAUUGCAGCGGUGCAUUGACAAUACCGAUGAUAUGAUGUAACGUAGAACUUAUCUCCAUCUGUCUCGUUACCCACUUGACCGAUAACUUUAUAAGAUGACGUAGUCAUGGAUGUAAAUAGUGACCGACUAGUCCCAGGAUGAAUAAUUGUCAUUCUAAUUGUAAGAUAAGAAUAAUGAUGAUGAGAAUAAUGAAAAAAUAAUAGCAGCCGUAGUUAUGAUGCAAUAAUGACUAUCAAUGCGGAUGUAAAUUGUGUAAAUAUAGUGAGCUAUUUAGAUGUCACGCCGUUCUGAUACACUUAUUCAAUAUUGUCUUGUACUAUUUAUACAUAUUAUGUUAUACCGUUAUUUCGUUAUAUCAUGUUACGUUACAAUUUAGCCUGCAUAUUUAUAUUUACAGGUAUUUAUUAUGCCGAAUUUGAGUAAUGGAUUGCAGGGGCAACUAAUUGAAGUUGUCUGAUUGUACCAAUAAUACGUGUGUACGUAUGAAAAAAAAAAAAGACUAGAUGAAAAAAAAAAAUUGAAAGCUAUCAAGUGUACUGUUAUGUUGCUCACUGACGUUAUCGGUGUCGUCGCAACGCGUCGCUCUAAUAUAGUUUACAAUUUACAAUCAACAGUUUUAAUUUGUAUCCGGAAAACGUAUGAAAUAUGUUAUCAAGGAUGUACGCCUGUGUGUGUGAGUAAAAAUAAAGUUGCCAAACAGAUAAACGUCCACGGAUCACAGCUCAGAGAAGGACUGUCGUGGUCGAUCGAUAUCAUAAGUUGAAAAAGGAACACCUACAACAUUUGCAAGGCCUCGAGGAAAUUGUCCACAUUCCGCCUGCACCUCGCCAUGGUCAGCUUUGGCUGAUAAUGAAAAAUUAAACAGUUCAACCUCGCCCAUUGUGAAAAUAUUCCUUGUGAAAUUUUUACGAUUAAACUCACCACUGCAGGGGAAGGAACGUGAAUACUAGCGACAGAGCGAGGUCUGACGUGGUUUGCCAAGUGGCAGAGAACAACUCCGUCCGUUAACGCUGGUGCCAGUUCUUCGGGAAGGGCCAUCUUCAGCCUGGUCUCUAUGUGCUAAUUCGCAAGGCAUGUUGCUGUUCCAAGUGACCGAACGUGCCGCUUUCGGACUCCCAUUGUUUCUGUUCGGACUCUUGUUACCUGUGGAAAACGUUAGGUAACAUGAAGACGUAGGACCCGAGUUACCUCUCGUGAGAAAACAACUCGAAUGCGACGUCCGGAUCGAAUGUUAAAAAAUACAGUUCAUUGAAACACGCGACUGACAUCGGGUGACAAUCAUUACCAUCGACGUAUCCCAUAGCAGUUUUGACCAGCCUGGGCGUGUGACUGGGACUGGAAUUCAUUGACGAAAUACCGCUUGAAGAUUUCACAGUUAUCAUAAUUGAAGAGUGUGGUCGACUUACCGAUGCAGGAGGUGAGGUUAAAGGAUUCUCGGUGAGGUUGAGGUCGAUCAAGCUCUUCAUUUUUCUAAGUUCGUUGGGCAGCACAGAUAUCCUGUUACCACUGAUAUCAAGUUUCACCAGUCGAAGCUCCAAGACUAGAUUUAAAAACCAAAAUAAAACACAUCGGGCGAUGCAUACCAAUGGGUAGUUGUACCAAAAGAUUGCUCCUGAGAUCGAGGCUCCUUAGUCUGGGCAAAUCGCCGAUCCUUGGGGGAAGGGUUGAUAUUUCAUUGCAGCCGGCAUCGAGUUCGGCGAGGGCUGACAUCCUGCCCAAUUCUUCCGGAAGUGAGACCAGUCUGUUGUGCGCUACUAGCAAAGUUUGCAACGGAAGUCUGCAUACUUCGCGAGGAAGGGUAGUCAGUUGGUUACGACUAGAGCGAGGGAAGACGAGAGAUUAAAGGAACGAACGUCAUUUCCGAAUCGCGAUAAUCCAGGGUGAAGAAAAAUCGUCACCUUAAGUCCAGUUGCAGCUUCUCGAGAAAAGGGUACUCUGUCACCUCUUCCGGUAGUUCUGCAAACCGAUUCUUCGACAAAUCUGCAAUUUUAAAAUGGAAAAAUGAAGGGUCAGCGAUCGCCUCCGUGACUAAUACGGUGAACGAAGACGCCGACCAGGAGGACCUCCGUGCAGGCAGGCCUGUAAUCCUAUCGACGUCUGUACAGAUAUACUUCUGUACGUAGUACGGCACGGCGAACGAUCCCCAAUUUCUCCGUAGCAACAACAGCUGUGGGGGUGAGAAGGUGCUACAAGGGUGAUAGACGAGCGAAAAGGGCGAGACGGUGAAACUCGUGAAUGAGGCGUGCGAGCCACGUGCCUGUCUCGUGGGGUAGGAACUCGGUGCUCAGCUGCUACCGGCGCCGAAUUUCCCGAUCGAUGAGCUCCUGCGAAACUCGGGGGGGGGGGGGGCGUUCCUCGCAACGGAGAAAAAGAUAAACGACACCGGAACGGAAAGGAAAAUCAUCUCAUUUUCAAUUCGUACGUCGCUCGCAGCCUCUACAGCGGCACGGCCUUCUUCUACGUGUUAUUUGCGCUAAUUGGACGUAUUGAAUUAGAGGCAUUACGCACAUGGAAGGUAUCACGAGUACAGCCGCCGCGGAUGUUUUCGUAUUUUCAACGUACGUGAAAGCUAGACGUGGGGGAGGAUAAGCGAGCGUUCGAAUAUCGCAGGGGAGAACAUUAGCGGGGUUCUCGCCCCAAGGUCGAGGUCCUCGUCGUGCAUUCGCCGAUCAAUGCGUGCGGAAAAACGACGAAAUAAACGGCGCGGGGAAGGAGAACCGACGCGGUUUCUGGUGCACAAUGUGCACGUACGACACGAACGAACGUCGUACAAUCGCAACGUCUAAGACGACGACGACGACGAUAUCCGUAUAGAAACGAGCCACCGCGUAUCUCCGGCAGGUGCGUCGUUUCCAUCAGCUUAAAAUUAACGAUGAUGAUAAUAACGAAAAAUUAAUGCGCCAGUUAACAUGCGAAAGAUGCGAUCGGUUCCUCGGAUCGCAUGCCAGUCGCGUCGAGCUGGCGCGUCCGCACCGGAAGUCGGUCGCGGUCUUGCGACACACAGGCGCUGGUACACGGUCCGAGCUUACGCAGGUCCCGAGGAUGUGGUGAAGCGAACUCCAGAGAACCCGAGGCAUUCCCGGUUCGCAAGAUCCUCGACGAUCGAGGUAUAUUCCAGCGAACUAUGAAUUUUCUAUAGGCGAGCGUGAACGACGUUCGAUCGCAUCGGAUCCCGAGGCAAAGACUGUUUUUUUUACCUCCUCUCACCUCUCGGCGACCGACGAACGAAUGCGAAUAGGCCGUCUUUCUUACGUUCGUUUAACUUACUAUCCGACAAUGAAGACAUAAUUAUCCACCGCGAAGAUUAAAUUGAGGGUACGCGCAUAACACGUGACAGAGUCAGCUGCGGGAUUCCUACUGGGUCAUCCAGUGAUUAGGGUCAAAUUAACUCGUUCCCAUGAUUACUCGUGUAACAUGUUGUUGUUGUUUUGAUCCGUUGAACACGUCGCUCCACGCUACAUACCACCAGGGCCAUGCGGCGCUCAAUCUCGGCGAGGAAAAAGUUCGACCAUUCAACGAAGCAAAAUUUAUCGAAGGGGAUGAAAUACACACGCCUGACAAAAACAAUGGCACGAGGGUAAGAGGUGGAGGUGGCAGGCACGCCCGACACUUGACGUACGUUUCAUCUCUUUCUCUCCUCAGGAAAUGUAUCGCUCUCUUUAUACCAGGCGUUAACGUCAAACACGUGUGCGGCCGAAAACUGUGGGGCCAAAAAGAUCAAGUGAAACAAAUCUACCGCCGGAUCAAAAAGAGGACGAAUAAACGGGGAGAGGCGGCGUGAAAAUCGAGGAGCUGAAGAGAAAUAUCGGACGAACGCACGUUACUGUAGUUUCGAUCCGAAGGUGUGGUCCUCCAUAAAUCCGCGAGUCGAUUAAUUAAUCAAUUAGACCUUACGUGACAUUUAGGUGAGGUAGACGUGUACAUGUUAGACCGAAAGGUUCGUCAGAUAAGGGCCCAUCCCUCCUCAACAAACACCGAAUCUAUUCGCCAAUUAUUAAUUAAUUACGAAUGGAUGAAAUCGCCGGUUGGCCGGUUCGGUCGUAAAUUCGUGACACUUCGAGUACCAUGAGCAACGUCCCUGUGUCUCUUUUGCAGCGUGCAGUAGGAAAAACGAUGAUAAGAAGAAGAAUAAAAAGAAAA